AUGGCCGGAUGUCCCUCAGUCUCUGUACCCCACACCUACAAUUAUCUAGAAGGUCCCUCAGUCUCUGUACCCCACACCUACAAUUAUCUAGAAGGUCCCUCAGUCUCUGUAACCCACACGUACAAUUAUCUAGAAGGUCCCUCAGUCUCUGUAACCCACACGUACAAUUAUCUAGAAGGUCCCUCAGUCUCUGUAACCCACACGUACAAUUAUCUAGAAGGUCCCUCAGUCUCUGUAACCCACACGUACAAUUAUCUAGAAGGUCCCUCAGUCUCUGUAACCCACACGUACAAUUAUCUAGAAGGUCCCCCAGUCUCUGUAACCCACACGUACAAUUAUCUAGAAGGUCCCCCAGUCUCUGUAACCCACACGUACAAUUAUCUAGAAGGUCCCCCAGUCUCUGUAACCCACACGUACAAUUAUCUAGAAGGUCCCCCAGUCUCUGUAACCCACACGUACAAUUAUCUAGAAGGUCCCCCAGUCUCUGUAACCCACACGUACAAUUAUCUAGAAGGUCCCCCAGUCUCUGUAACCCACACGUACAAUUAUCUAGAAGGUCCCCCAGUCUCUGUAACCCACACGUACAAUUAUCUAGAAGGUCCCCCAGUCUCUGUAACCCACACGUACAAUUAUCUAGAAGGUCCCCCAGUCUCUGUAACCCACACGUACAAUUAUCUAGAAGGUCCCCCAGUCUCUGUAACCCACACGUACAAUUAUCUAGAAGGUCCCUCAGUCUCUGUAACCCACACGUACAAUUAUCUAGAAGGUCCCUCAGUCUCUGUAACCCACACGUACAAUUAUCUAGAAGGUCCCUCAGUCUCUGUAACCCACACGUACAAUUAUCUAGAAGGUCCCUCAGUCUCUGUAACCCACACGUACAAUUAUCUAGAAGGUCCCUCAGUCUCUGUAACCCACACGUACAAUUAUCUAGAAGGUCCCUCAGUCUCUGUAACCCACACGUACAAUUAUCUAGAAGGUCCCUCAGUCUCUGUAACCCACACGUACAAUUAUCUAGAAGGUCCCUCAGUCUCUGUAACCCACACGUACAAUUAUCUAGAAGGUCCCUCAGUCUCUGUAACCCACACGUACAAUUAUCUAGAAGGUCCCUCAGUCGAUCAGUGAAUUUGAAACACAGAUUGAACCACAAAGACCAGGGUGGUUUUCCAGUGCCUUGCAGAGAAGGGACAUGCACUAGUAAUGUCAUAUUAGUAAAACAAUACCUUUUAUUGAAAGACUAAGGUAAAACCCCCCAAUAUGCUACAAAAAGCCAUGCUAUCAUAACAUUAUAUACAACAUUUAUCUCAGGGAUAUUGGUCUGGAAUUACAAAAUAUGAUAAGAAUAAGGCAUCUAAUGACAAUAAUUGUCUUUUCCAACUAAAACAUACUAGUCCUGGAGCCUAACACACCAAGAGUCACAAUGGGAACACGCUAAAAGCAUGUAAUGGAAGUGAAAUGACCAGUGACUGUCUGAGUUACUGGGUGAAG